GUUGAAAGUAGAGCCAAGGAGAAAGAGGAGAGCAGACUGACAUCGGAAGCACUUGACGGUGAGGAGACAAAGGUUUAUGUAAAUGUCAAUCCGGGCUUUCACACUUACCACGGCAGCAGUUUGAGGUCGUCUGACGCUUUGUUCUAAACUCUUCUCAGCAUCACCGGAGUUGUGUUAAAUUCAACACUUCUGCUGAAAUGGAAACUUCUGGAGAGCUGCAAGUGAAGGUGCUGAACAAGCGAGCCUCUGGUCAUGCAUUUGAGGUUAUUCUCAGCCCCUCAACCCCAGAUGCUAAGGGGGAAUUUCCACUUUCCCCUCUUAAGAAGAAGGGAACAUCGCUGGAUGAGAUUAAGAAAAAGCUGGAAGCAGCAGAAGAGAGACGCAAGAGCCACGAGGCUGAAGUUCUCAAGCACUUGGCUGAACAACGGGAGCACGAGAAGGAAGUGAUGCAAAAGGCCAUUGAGGAGAAUGUCAACUUUAGCAAGAUGGCCCAAGAGAAACUGAAUCAGAAGAUGGAGGCGAACAAGGAGAAUCGCUCUGCACGGAUGGCAGCUCUCAAUGAGAAGUUCAAGGAGAAGGACAAAAAGCUUGAAGAAGUGAGGAAGAACAAGGACGCAAAAGAGAGAGAGAAUUAAUUCUCCAGCAGAUGUGGAAAAUGGUCUCUACUUCUCCAAAGCUUUAUUUUUUUAACUGGCACUUCUUGCUGUAUUCAAUCCAAUUUUGCUGUAUGACUUUGUGUGGAGUUCCCUGUAUCUGUAGAUUUCUAUAGUUUGGCAGCUGGUUAUGUUAUUUUUGUAAGAAAAAAAGUUUCUGUCAAUUUACUGCAUUUUUGUAAGCAGAUAAUUGAUGCUGUAGGUUCUAAUGCACUGUACAAUAGCAUUAACUGUAGUUUCGUUGGUUUAGAGGGCUGGUCUGGGAGGAGGUGUCUCUUCACUGUUUGAAAUCUGUUACAAUUUAAAGCACUUGUCUGAUUAAAAAAAAACAAAUUUGG